CUCCGGGCAGUACUCCGGCUCGAUCGCUCGGUCGACCGCGGGCCUGGCUAGUCAGUCGGCCGCGCAGCUCGGUGCGCGACGUUCGUGCGCGGAGGGUCUCGUUUGCGUCCAUCACGACCUCGGCCCGACCUAGCCGCGAGAGUGAGCGGGACGGCACCUCGCAGAGAGAGGAGACGGUGAUAGAGUGAGACAACGCUAUGGCAGUGUCGCAACCUCGCCCACCUGACCGUGUUGACGCCGCGGCCGCGCUCGAAAAAGUUGCGCCGUUGCGCUAUUUGGAGGCGCACGAAUGUACCCGCUCCGAGCGUUCAGUGACGCGUUAUUAUCAUAAACCCUUGUCUUAAAAACAAUUUUUGAGUUAUUCAAAGUGAAUUCAGCGGAAUAUUGAAGAUUUCAACGAUAUCUAGAAGAAAAUCAAUCGGUUGGUGUGUAAUGGGCGGCUGAGCACCAUGAUGAAACGCUCCGGUCCUCGUCUGGGGCCUGAGGAGCCCUCGCCGCUGCCCCCCAAUCCUGCUCAGAUCCAGCAGCAAGGGUCUAGCAACAUGCACACACUAGCCCAGCAGUCAUCACAGCCACAAAUGUUAGGAACGACAACAAUGAUGGGUGGUGGAUUCGGUCGCGGCCCCGCCCGCGCCAGCACGCCCGCCGUCAUCAACUAUUUGAAGAGUAAUCCGGUGCCGUACUCGGCGAAACAACCGCCCAACGUGCCGCCGAGGCUUAAGAUUGUAAGCCAGCCAACACUACCCAUGUCGGGGCGCCAGUCCCCAGGGCUAGCAGCACCCCUGGCCGCACCUCCAGCCGGCCAAUUCCAGCGACUGAAGGUGGAAGAUGCUUUAUCGUAUCUCGACCAGGUCAAAUACAAGUUCAACACGAUGCCACAAGUCUACAACGACUUCCUGGACAUCAUGAAGGAGUUCAAGAGUCAGACUGUCGGUUACAGGAUCGACACACCGGGUGUCAUCACCCGGGUAUCGAACCUGUUCAAGGGGCACCCGGAGUUGAUCGUCGGAUUCAACACAUUCCUGCCACCAGGGUAUAAGAUUGAGGUGCAGAGUAACGGGCAGGUGUCAGUAUCCAUGCCAUCACCAACGGGCGCCGGUUGCGCAGGCGUAGGCGUUGUGAGCAGCAUGGGUUCAGGCGUAGGCGGCGUGGGUGGCGGUGGCGUCAUGAUGGGUGUCCAUCAUCCCCCCCAGCAGUCUCAAAUGGUGCACUUGUUGCCGGUGCCUCCGUCCGUCAGUACGGCGAUCGUUCACAACCUCUCUGUGAACGCGGCACCGGCUAAUACGCUGCAUCACAUAUCACAGGCGCACCAACAAAUCGAAGCAGCUGCCAUACACCAUCCACCAGGAAGCAUACCAAGUACAGGCGGCGGUCACACAGCGGCUGCGGGACAGCCCGUUGAGUUCAACCACGCUAUCGAAUAUGUCAACAAGAUAAAGUCUCGCUUCUCACGCCAGCCGGACAAAUACAAGAGAUUUCUGGAGAUCCUACACGCGUACCAACGCGGACAUCGCGAUGUCAAGGAACCACAAGCUAAACAGCAGACCGAACAAGAGGUCUACUCGCAGGUGGCUAAACUGUUUGAGAACCAAGACGAUCUGUUGGCGGAGUUUGGCCAAUUCCUGCCAGACGCCAAGGCGGUGACCAAGCCAACCCACAUGCCGCACACCAGGUCUCCGCCGCCACAGCCCCGCACGGAGAGAGAGAGCGAGACGGAGCGGUUCCCGAGCGCAUCUCCCCCACACGUGCCGCUGAUCUCCCAUACGGCGCACUCCACUCCGGCGACGCACUCAAUCCAUCAUCACGUACAGCAAGUGCCGAAGCACACUAGCACUAGUGUACAACCGCCGCAGCAUCAUCACCUCAAAAGAUCGCCCAGUUUCGGAUCUUCUACACAGAUUGCAGCCUCCGGAGCCCCCCCGGCGAAGAAACCCCGCUCAGCGGUGGUACCGUCUCCUGCGCCGGUGCCACCGCCGUCGUCCCUCCGCGACGUAUCAUACGCCGAUGCGGCCAAACUAGCCACCGCGCACGACUACAAAUUCUUCGACAGGGCGCGAAAAGAGCUCCGUCCGCAACAUGUCUACGACAACUUUCUGAGAUGCCUGAUGCUAUUCACCAAUGAGAUAAUAUCCUCAUCUGAACUCCUCUGUGUGACGUCUCCGUUCCUCUGCCGGCAUCCAGAGCUCCAGAAAUGGCUGCAGGACUUUGUAGGCCCUGUGUCACCACCGCACACACCUACCAGCACUCAUCCAGGUUACAACAGUUUCGGUGGCUCCGUCGGCGCUGCUCCGGUGCUGAGCACGGAGCGUUCCCGGCUAGGCACCGGCACGGCAACUGUCAGCACCGGUACCGGAGAGGCGCGAUACGAACCGCUUCCGCCUAUGGCUGCUCAGUUGCGGUAUGACCGCCCGACUGGUGACACCGCUAUGGAUAUAGAUUUGACAACGUGCAAACGGUUGGGUACGUCUUAUUGCGCCUUGCCCCGGGAUGCGGCCGCCCGCCGUUGCUCUGGUCGCACGCCGCUGUGCAAAGAGGUGCUAAACGACACAUGGGUAUCUAUACCAACUUGGAGCGAAGACUCAACUUUCGUGACGUCACGGAAGACUCAAUAUGAAGAGUACAUCUACCGCUGUGAAGACGAACGAUUUGAGCUGGACGUCGUCAUUGAAACUAACGCGGCGACCAUCCGCGUCUUGGAAGGCGUUCAGAAGAAGCUGUCGCGAAUGACCGCAGAGGACGUGGCGAAGUAUCGUCUCGACGAGUGCCUUGGAGGCCACUCGCCUACCAUACACCAGAGGGCUCUGCGGCGCAUCUACGGCGACAAGGUGGCGGUGGACAUCAUAGCUGGACUAAAGAAGAACCCAGUGGUGGCAGUUCCCGUGGUGCUGCGGAGGUUAAAGGCCAAGGAAGAGGAGUGGAGGGAGGCCCAGAAGGGCUUCAACAAGCAGUGGCGCGAGCAGAACGAGAAGUACUACCUAAAGUCGCUGGACCACCAGGGCAUCAACUUCAAGCAGAACGAUCUCAAGGCGCUGCGCUCCAAGUGCCUGUUCAACGAAGUAGAGAGUGCGUACGCGGCACGCCGCCCCGGCCCGCACCUCGUGGCCGACUACGGGCUGCGCACACGGCACGAAGCGAUCAAAAUCGUGCGUGACGCGGCCGAGCUGUUGAUACAUCACGCUCGGCGCCAGACCGGCAUCCAAAAGGCCGAGAAGAGGAGAAUUAAACAGUUGCUGCGUCACUUCCUCCCUGACCUGUUCGCGCACCCCAGGCAACCGCUCUCCGACGACGAGAGAGAUGAAGAAGAAAAAGAGGAGCCUACUAGCCCAGGCAGUCCAAGUGCUGACCAAACACCGGAGGAGAAGAGCAGCUCUGUGAAACAAGAAAAACAAGAGUCAUCUGAAUCUGACAACGCAUCGGACAAGAGCAUUCGUCACAACAAAAACGAUAAGGAGAACAAACCUAAGAACAACAACAACACUGACAGUAAAGACAGCGCAAACUCCAUAAAGCGCAGCAGUAGCAAUGAAGACUCGCUCAGCAUGAAGGUGGAGGUGAAGAGCGAACACGACCUUGAAGAUGACUACCGAGAUCAUUCGCCCAAUGAAGCGCGAUUUGUGUGCACUGACUCGUGGUACCUGUUCCUGCGCCUGCACGCUAUCCUGUGCCAGCGGUUGGGCGCGGCAAGACGAGCGGCGUUGGCGUUGGCGCGAGCCGACGACCGCCAGCGCCCUGCUAGCGUGGCUGCCGCUCUACGGCUCAGGCCCAACAACCUGCCGGCCGACGCGUCGUCACCGGCUGAGUACUACAACGCGCUUCUGGAGCUGGUGAAGGGCGUGCUAGACGGGAACGUGGAGGCGGGUGCGUACGAGGACGCCGCGCGCGAGAUGCUGGGCAUCAAGGCCUAUCCCGCCUACACGCUGGACAAGCUCGUGUCCAUCGCCGUCAGACAGCUCCAACGCUGCGUGUCAGAGAGCUGGUCAGUGCGCGCGGCGGAAAUGGCAGCGCGAGGCGGCAUGCGCGGCCCAGCGUCGUACGUGCGGCGCGCGCUCAGGGCUCUCAGCCAUUACACCACGUUCCUCGUCAAACUGUACGGCGGUGACGAAGUGAAGACAACGUUCGAACUGUUAGAGGCGGCGGCUGAGGGUCGGACUUCACCGCACAACGACUCGAGACUAUCUCCAACCAAUCAGUCGCGCCGCGAGACCAACGGCGAGGCGGUAUCCCGGCUUGCAGCUUGGUCAUUGUACACGGAGCAGUACGCGCGGCCGGACUCGGGUGCGUUAGCGCCGCGCAACAAGCCCGUGUUCCUACGGCGGAACGUGCGGCGCGCGGGCGCUGUGGCGGGCGCUAGCACGGCCUCCACGCCCGCAGAUUGCGCGCCCAGCGUGCGGCGCCGUAAGCCACCGCGCCUGCACGACCAUUCGGAGUGUACGCUCGCUAACAGCAUACGGUUAGUCGCGUGUCGCCCCCAGCAGCUGUACCGCGCGGGCUGCCUUGCGGGCGCGCGUGCCUCCCACCAGCGCCUAUCGGCAGCGCGGCAGGCGAGGUUCCGCGCCUGGCUCGCGAGGACUCCGCACCGCACCUAAAUGACACCGAAGCACCCCGAUAGGGCCCCGCUGUGUUAGUUAGUUAUGUACUGCUCAGGAACGUGCGCGCUCGUGAUACCGACGUGAUUCUGCAAAGAGAAGCGAGACGUGGUAUCUAUGCGAAUUAGUCAUCAGUGAAUGUAUAGUUUGCCAAAAUAUAGCAAAAUGCGCUAUUUUAAGUCAUGAAAUUUGUAACAAAAAUGCGUAUAUUGUCGUUCAAAUUUGACUGUGGAACGUGUGUCGCGCGACCAAACUAAUUCCAAAAAGAAGUUCGUUGAAAUCUCAAUAAUAAUAAUUAUAAUAAAGAAUGUAUCAGUAGUAGAAUGUAAGCAUCAAGCAGCUGAGUAAAAUAGAUCUAUUUUUUUAACAUUGAUCAAAAUAUACUAUAUUAUAUGUAUGUACAUUAAAUACAUUAAAGACACUGACUGAUUUAACACGAAAUAUCAAAAUCUACGUGACUUGUGAAGAAUUUAGAAAGUAGGUCAGCUAAGUAUAAGGUUUUAAUAUAAAACAAUUUUUUUGAAGAAAAUUUACUACUACAAAUUAUUUAAAUAGAAUGUUUAUAUACUGAUUGCGAUCAUUUACCCAAAAUUGCUCUUCCUGCUUAGACCUCCAUCUUAACCCAAAAACAAAAAAAAACUGCACGAAUCUUCAGCCAGCUCUUUUAGCGGUACAUUAUAUGUAAUGAAUAUCAGUACAUAAAUCCACUUUAAAGGGAGGGAUAGUAGAUCCAUUUUACUCGUUAGUGUUUCGAUAUUCGAGUGAUACAGUCUUAACUUAUUUAAGCACAAGCUAAAACAUUAAAUAUCCGAAACUAAGAUUUUUGUCGUCGAUGUUUAUAGAUAGGCCUUAGACAUUAAAACCGCGUUUACUGACACAUCUAAGGCAAACUAAAGAAUCCGCGGAAGAUGUAUUUCUCAGAAGUUACUGUGGGUUACAAAUGAAAGUUCUGAUUUGUAUAACUAUCAAUGAUACGUCAGUUUGCCACGUGUGGUGCGUGGUUUUUUUUUUUAAGUGUAAGGUCAAAGUUUAUACAUCGAAGAAUUUAAAAUACCUACCUAUAUAUAUCUGCGCGACUGUUUACUAGAGUCAGUAGUGUCAUGUCUCUGUCCAUUGCAUAAAUGAUCUUAUAUUGUAGUUCUGGGAUUAAAAAGUAUUCUAUGCCUACCACCAAUAAGCAAGCGAAUAUGUGCUUAAAUUAAUCAAGGUCAGUGCUGCUUUAGUUUAGUCGAACAUAGUUAACAAAUAAACAGACACAUUAUAUUAGUAUGGAACUAUAUAAAUGUAGAGAAGAAACUUACGAAAUAGUACGUUAUAAUACUAGAAAUAAUAAAUUUCAACCAUAUUUGAGUUAUAUAAUUUAUUAUAUUAUUAAAUUUGCUCUGUACUAAUACUCUAUGAUUUAUAAAGUAAAUUGAUACCAGAAAUAAAUAAGAGUAGAAUAGAAAAAAUAAAUGUUUGCUAAUUUUAGUACGAAUGGACAGUCGCGCAUGUAUUAGAAUGUAUACGGUUUAGGUUGAUCGUCGAUCACAAGCAGAGACGUCAGAUUUAAUAUAAGUGACUAGUCAGCUGUAGCCCGCCAACCCGCAUUUGAGCAGCGCGGUGGGUCUAAGCUUUUAAUUCCUUCUGUUAUCGGAGAUCUUUGCCCCAGCUAUGGGACAGGCUGACGAUUAUGAUGAGUCAACAAUGAGUUGUGCUUCUGUUUUUAAUAGACGGUCACCUUUAAUAAUAUAUUAUAUCUUUUAUAUGGUUAAAUAUAGUAUAUGUAUAUAAUACGCUUCGUUCGCCCUGUUACAUUUUAUAUG